AUGUGGUCUCCAAGUUUUCAACAGAACACCGCGAAUGCUGAACUCCAGAGGGUUGCUGCUUUUUCUUUUCUUGCAGCAAUGACCUUUUUAGGUCGUGGAACUUGCAAAAUAUUCUUAUGCACAAAAAAUGCGAUUCUUGCUGGUCGCCUGGAAAUCAUAAUGUGUCGCUCUCAAAUAUUAGAAGCCGAAAUUUUAAUUGGAACUUGGUUUCCCGAUAAAAUUCAUAGCCUUAGAACGACUGGCGAGCGUGCAAGCAUGACUUCAGGCAACCUACUUGUUGGACCAACACAUGCUUUCGCACCAUCGAGUUCUACACCAUCUCGUAUAAAAACCAUUUUCGAUGUUUGCAAAGAGAAAUUAACCCAUGCCAAGGGCUUGCGGGGAUUAAUUAAGCGUUUCAUAAGGCAAAAAAUAUUGUUAUAUUUAAUUCCUAAGCUAUUGUCUAUCAUUCAUAAUUCCAGAUUGCAAGAAAAUUAUGCAAUCGAUACCAGAUUAUUGCCAGAUUCUAAAGGUAAGCAAAAAGAUAUUUUAUUACCAAAAUCGUUGGAUAUUUAUCGUCCUAAACGACAUCGAACAAUAUUUAACAAAUUUCAACUGAAUGAACUUCGAAAAGAAUUUCACCGAAACCCAUAUUUGAUAGGAGAAAAACGUUCUUUGCUGGCGAAAAAACUUCAUUUAACUGAUAUUCAACAAAAUUAA